AUGCUUAAUAAAGCGAAAUUACGAAAAUCUGUCGUUACUGAAGUUAAACAAGUUAAACGACAAAAGAAACACACAGAACCCAAACCUCUUAUAACAGUUGGCAAAACAAACGGGAAAUACCAUAUUGAAAUGCAAGUUUCUGAAAAUGACGAACACACACCGUUAAUAUACGACAUUGAAAGUGUGAAUAACAAAGCCAAAUUGAGAAAGAGAGAGAAAUUACAGAAAUAUCUAACUUCCAAUGCUGUAAAAAACGUGUGGACGGAUCCAUUUCACCCACAAAAUUGUGAAAAUAUUUGUCUUAAAUCGUUUUACGAAGCUAUGGGAAUUACAGCGCCAGAGACAGUUCCGGAAAACAUUGAAGAAAAUAGUUGCACAUGUGAAGAUGAAGAGGUAUCUUCAAGCUGUGAUUCUUCAGAAGUCGAUUGGGUGAUACAUUUUACACCACCUAUAUCUAAUUAUCUUCGUUCACAAUUAUCUAAUGUUGAAGAAAUUAACUUAAACCAACAGAUGAAAUGA